AUGUACGCGACGCGGGUCCUGCCAUUCGGGCAGGUGAAGACGAUCCAGAUCAUUGUCUGUCUGUUCAUAGCCUCUCUGCUUCUCUUCCAACUCAGACUCAAUCACCGGCCACCGCAGAGGCCAUCCAUCUACCAGGAUACCGAAGGGACGACAAACCCCUGGUACGACUGGAAGAACAAAAGUAUCGGAAGGACUGAGGAAGUCACAUAUCUAAAGUACCUAAGUCGCACACAUGGCCUGACAAGGGACGUCUCAUGGUUUGCCCGGCGGAUACAGACGACGUACGGGGCGUCAAAGAGGCUGUCCAUGACGGAGGUGUCCUCCAGCUUCAUGCCCCACGGCUUGAGGAGGGUGAACCUCGAUGACUACGCUGUCACUCUCCAGGCGGACCAGGGGAUGAAGCUUUCUGUCGGCAGGAGCGCUACUCCCGACCAGGUCGACGCAUCCGGCCUGCUGUUUGGAGUGAGCACUACCUACACGCGAUUGACCUACCAGAACAACACCCUCAUCCACGACUGGGAGCGGUGGCUCACCGACGGCCACGGCAGAUCCAACGGCGCCGGCCUCGUGCUCGCCCUCCACCAGGCAACCAACGCGCAGCUGGCGCGCAUCACCGAGCUCCUGCAGGCCGGCGCCAUCGAUGCCACCGUCAUCCCGGCCGAGGCCGGAGCCGACAACCCGGCGCGGUACGGGCAGCUGGUCGAGCAGCUCCUCCGGAGGCACGACGGCGCCGGCGCCGGCGGGCGGCAGGCCAAGUACCUCGCCAUCGUCGACGACGACGUCUUCUUCCCCAGCAUGGACCGCCUCCUGCGCAAGCUGUCCAAGUUCAGCCCGGCCGAGGAGUACUACAUCGGCGCCCCUUCGGACCGGCAGUCGGACUGGGUCGUCGAGCGCAACACCACGCUGACCUACGGCGGCGGCGCCGUCUUCCUCACCCCGCCCAUGGCCGAGCGCGUCGCGGGCCUGCGCUGCCUGGUCGGGGGCGGCAGCAGCAGCGGCAGCAGCAAUGACGAGGACGAUGAUGAUUACAGGAGUAGCACGCUCUCGCCGACGCCGCCUUCGUCCUCCUCGCACGGGACGAGAGGGGAGGCCGGCACAGAGCAGUGGGACGAGGAGCUCUACCGCUGCGUCUCGCGCCGCACCAGGACGGACUUGCACGUCCUGCCGAGCCUCUACGCGCCCUCGGACGACGAGCUCUACCACGCCGACGGCAUCAGCAACGAGGGGUACGGCAGCGGCGUGCCCGCCCUCGCGCUGCACCACUACCGCAACUGGCACCGCUUCGAGGCCGGGCGCGGGCACCAGGUCGCCUCGGCCUGCGGCGAGGACUGCUUCCUGCAGCGCUUCCGCUUCGCCGACGGCUGGGUCCUCGUCAACGGCUUCACGCUGUCGCACUACCCGGACGGCGUCGAGGCCGUGCCCCUGCGCAAGAAGCAGAAGCAGCAGCAGCAGCAGCAGCAGCAGAAGCAGAAGGAGGCCGCGGAUGCCGCCACCUCUGUGGCUGCCGCCAAGGGCAAGGGCAAGGACGCCAGCGCCAAGGACCACCACAAGAUGGUCACGCAGACGUCGACGCAGCCGCGCGGCGCGCCGGCCGUGGACAAGAGGCUCGUCAUCGUCGACGACGACGGCGACCGGCGCGCCGGCGAGAUCAAGGUCGUGGCGUGGCGGGGGCCCAAGCGGACGUGGCGGCUGCUCGACUCGCGGAUCGGCGCCGGGGGCGAGGUGUGGCAGGCCUACGUCAAGAGGCGCGGGGCCAGCAGCGCGUACGACCUCGACGACCGGUGGUACGGCGACACGUUCCAUACCGACGAGCAGCCGGCUGGCGAGGACUCGGUCAUUGUCCUGAUCUGGGAGCCGUGA